CGGCGAGGGGAUCUGUUGAAGGGUUGGGCCUGGUGAUGGCGAUCGGGCAGGAAAUAGAGGUGCUGGGCAUUCCUCCUGCCGUGCAGUGUCCUACGGACCAAGCCAUAUUGGCGGUUGCGCUACUGAAGGAGGAGAGUACAGCAAUUGCGACAAUGUCUUUGUACAAACAGCAGCUGGAGGAAGUGUGGACGCUGCCGAUUCAAAAGCGGAACAACAUACCGCUUGAAUUCUUGACGGAAGGAAGGGAGACUUUUGAGGGAUGGGAGAAAGAACUAUAUGCCAUCGUCUCCCUUCAACAGCUUGAUGACACUGACAGAGCACAGGUGGAGGCCGGCCUACACCAGUGUGCCAGACUGCUCCAGGAUGUGAGACGAAUGCUUGUGGAGCUUCGUGCGGCAGCAGAGAGCUGUUCACCUGGCAAGCAGGUUCCUGCUACCGUGCCUACAGUGGUCUCUCCUUUGCAUGAACAAUGCGAUGAUGCUGGGCUGUAUCUGGAUAUUCUGUGACCCCGAGAAAGCUGGUGGGGAUGGCGGCGGAUCGAGGGUCGACUACCUGGAGCAACUCCAAGAUAGCUAUGACAACAUACACAAUGAUUUUGUCUGUCAGAGAACGAGAGUGCAGCAGGGGGGAGAAUGGUCUCUCAGCAGGCGCUGGAGCGAGAAGGAAGCGGAACGGCAACUUCCCCCCUCCCCGUUCAAUGCACAGUCAUCAAUGACCAUGACGACAAUAAACCUGCGAACUGGCUUCGGCACUUGAAAUCACAACAUGGGGGUUGGUGAGAUGACAACUUGCCAUCUGCAUGAUGCUGCUCGAACGUGUCUUGGGCCAGGGGCGAUUAACAAAAAUAAGGGGGAAGG